CUGGCAGUACUCGUCCUCAGAAACAGGUGACGCAUUAACAAUUUUGCGUUUGUCAUAAAUAAGUUAAGACAAAGGGCGAGUUUUAAUUGUGAAUUUUGGGAUAUUGUACACUUUUAAGAAAAAUGUCUUCUAGAAGAAAGGUCCUCCUCAAAGUAAUCAUCUUGGGCGAUAGCGGUGUGGGUAAAACAUCGCUAAUGAAUCAGUUCGUGAACAAGAAAUUCUCUAACCAGUACAAGGCAACAAUAGGAGCAGAUUUUCUCACGAAAGAGGUAAUUGUCGAUGAUAGAAUCGUUACAAUGCAGAUUUGGGAUACUGCCGGGCAGGAGCGUUUCCAAUCAUUGGGAGUGGCGUUUUAUCGCGGGGCGGAUUGUUGCGUCUUAGUUUUUGACGUAACUGCCCCCAACACAUUUAAGUCUUUAGAGAGCUGGCGAGAUGAAUUCCUGAUACAGGCUUCACCGCGUGACCCAGAGAAUUUUCCUUUCCUCAUAUUAGGCAAUAAGGUUGAUUUGGAAAAUCGCGCUGUGACUCUUAAGCGCGCACAACAAUGGUGUCAGAGCAAAAAUGAUAUCCCAUUUUAUGAGACGAGUGCCAAAGAAGCUGUGAAUGUGGAACUAGCGUUCCAGGAAAUCGCCCGUCGUGCCCUGGCCAAGGACACUGAGACGGAGCUGUACAACGAGUUCCCUGACCAGAUAAAGCUGAAUGCCAAUGACUACAGCCGCGACCGCGAACGGGACCACUGUGCUUGCUAAACCUCAUAGCAAGCAACUUGUGCUCUUGCUAAUUCAUGUCUCAUUUUUUAUUCAUUAAAUACCUAUUACAAAAAGUAUAUUUAAUUAUAUGGUGUAAGUAAUGUCUUUCAUUAUGUCAUUGUCUUGUAAAGAUGUGUUGCAAUGAUACUAAUGAAAUACAUGGAUUUGAUUUGUUUGUUGAGCACCUGCCACUAAAAUGGUUUAAUAUGUAACAGUGCACUAUUUUGCAUUUCAAUUUAUGGCUCGGCUAUUAUAUUCAUUGUCUGAUCUGCCUGUUCAAGGAUGUACAUAGAUUUUACUAUUGCAAGGUGAAUUGUGUUCUUGAACAUUUAAUUCACUUUACUAAAUAUAUCUUGGUCUAAGGAUAAUCUUAAAGCCUGUUUUUUGUUGUAUUCUAGCUCAGAAUAUAGUGUACUACACAGAUUAUUCAAACGGAAUUUCUGCCUCCGAAAGAAAUAAGCAAUAUUUAAGUAGGCCUCUUAGUAUAUUUUUACCGGAGUUGUUAAUAUUUGCACAGUGUUUUUGCACCUGAUUUUUAUGUUGCAAUGCAAGCAUAAAGUUAGAAAAAAAUUGCAUGUGAUGUGAUCCUUAUGAAUAACUGAACUCAGCAUACCAAACAAGUGUACUUACAUCUGCAAUAAAUAGAUAAACAAAUAGUCCAAGUAAUGUAAGAGGUAAGAAAAUCUUGAUGUACAAAUAAAUUUUUGAUUCCUUAACUGGUUGGCUGUCAUAUUGAGCAAUGAAUAAGCUGGGUUGGGCAUCUGGCAAUGACACUUUAUAGAAAGCAAUAUUGAAAAUUCUCACCCGUAAAUUCUGGAAAAAUAUAGUUUUAAUUGUUGUGCAGGCUAUUGGCAACAUUUUAUUUUCAUAGAUGUUGAUUGGUUUGAUUUAGAACAAUGUUUCACACUGUAUUCUAGUUGUACUAAACAUAGUAAUCAUCUGGCUUUGACUUGUUUGUAGUAAAUUGCACACAAGCUCUUUAAACUUAGAAUGUGAGUGUUGUUUUUGAUGUUUAAUUACUCAUAUCAACAGCAUAGGGCAAAACAUGAUAACUAUUAGUGCUCAUACACAUCAGUGGUCAACCAUUAUAGAACUCUCAAUUUCCACAAUAUUGUCUAAUAUAACACAGUUGAACACCUUAUUAAGAGUUCUUGAAGGAAAUUUAAGCCAAAGCCGUACUCCAGCUUGCUUGCAAAUAUUUGUGACAUUCAGCCACAUCCAAGGAAUAAAUAGUGCAAGCAGUAAGUGAUUGACCGGGUAAUUAAAAUAAUGGGUGCAUUCCAUUUUAUUUCAGCUCUUUAAAGUAGUAAAUCAGUUAACUCAUUUUGAUUAUUAAUACUACACAAAAACUAUUUGUGUAUAUAUGAAAUAUUGUGUUAGGGUUAAGUAGUUAAUGAUAACUUGAUGAAAUGCUUUAAUUGUUCAAGUUAUACUUCAUUAAGGCCAUUAUAAGAACAAAAAAGUUUUUGUAUAAUUAUGUAUCUGUAUACAUAAGUUAUUAUUAUUAGAAAGAGCCAUGGCCAAAUCAGGAAUAAUAAUUCUGACAAUUACAGACGGCUUGAGUCACGUGCCUAAUAAAUUAAGCCCAAAUUAAACUGUAAUUCUAGCAAAUGUUCAAGUACUUGCCAUUGUUAUAAACCAUAAGAUUGAUUGGUGGCUGCUGAACAUUAAAAUAGAGUUGAACUUUAAGGCUAUUAACGCAUUCACUGCCAGGGGGCGUGGCCUAGGAACAAACUUGUAUGACGGUGAACGCAUAUAUGCGUCGGUGGCAGUGAAUGCGUUAAUACAAGACCACACUUCAGUAGUUCCAACAAAACUGGCAUGAUCAGUAGAAUCUACUCUUAAGUUCUGCUCUUGCUAUAUUAUCCUGAUAAAUAAAUGCAAUGUGUAACAUAAAAACCUGCUAACCUCACGUUUCCAAAAUGGCGUUUAAUAUCUACUGUCAUUUAACUCUAAUUCAUGAGUUGGUCUGAAAGUUGUUAACUGCUCCGGUUCUACUCAUGUGAUUACAAUAUUGCCCAGUCGCCGCUUGCAUCCUCAGCUAUUUUGGAGCCUACCUUCCGUUAAAUGGUAGUUAUUACUUAUUAAAUAGUACAUUACUAUAGAGGCCGGGAAACGUAGGGUUGCAGGCCAAGUAGAUAUAUACGGAUAAAGAUACGCGGCCGGCAACCCCGUUUCUCGCCGAGAUAUGUAUAGUGCUUUUCUCAAACUUGCAAUUAAAACAAAAAAUUGUAGUUAAUUUGUUUUGUGGCGACCUACUCGGCUCGCCACUCUACCAGCGGUGUACAGUCAGCGUCAAAUACUUUGUUGCAGUCAAAGUGGCCAAAUAGUUCGGUACACCAUAGUAAAUAUAUGGUGUACCGAACUAUUAAGUACCGAACUGUAAAGUAGCCAUACUUUGGUUGCUAUAAAGUAUUUGACGCUGACUGUACAACCUUACGUGCGUAAGUCCGCGCGUCAGCGCGGUGCGCCACCGCCGUUGCUCAGCAACGAAUAUGCACAACAAAUCACCGUACCAAGCUAACUGAAGCUAGUUGAUGGUUGAUGCCAAGACGUUGUGUCACAAUUUGACGUUAAAAAACAAAAGAAGGUUGCUUUACAGUCCUAGGUGUGUAAGUCAGUAUGAAAUUCCUUUACAUAUCAUCUUCACUCAUCGCACCUGAUAUCUAGUAAUUCCGGACCUAAUUUGACGCAAGUCAUGUCAUCAUUUCAUAGCAAGUUUAAUAAAAAAAUAUUUUUGUGUCCAAUCUUCAUAUACUACUUAAUUCAUCAGUUUUCCUGUCGGCAGUGCGUCAUCUAUGACAUAUUGUAGGUAGAUCGGUUCUACCCUUGAAUUUGAAAAUAUUACAGGAGAUUUGCAGUGGUUUUUGUUAUACAUUGUGUUCCCUAAGACAGAAUAUUGCCUAUGAAAAAUUAUUGUUUUAAUUGUUACAAGAUGCUUGUUCUAUAAACCUUUACAAUUAUUUGUAGUUACUUUUACGUUUAGAAUUUAGAUAUACAUAUAUACCCAUAUUUGUUACUUUGCAUGAAGAUUAACACCAUAUUAUUAAUCAUUAAUACUUUUUACGCAGUAGCUAUAUGGAGUAUUAUAUAUUAUGGUUUAUACAUUCUUUAUAUAAAAAAUACACUUUCUAGGAUAUUAAAUAAAAGGUAGUUACAUAGUAUGAUGUAUGCUGUACUAAUGGUUGCUUUUGACUUUAUAUCAAUAAACAGAUAAAAACCCAUAA